UAUAUUCUACUGUUCUAGCUCUUCGUUACCUGAAGCAGUUAGUUUUGUUGAUUAGUGCAAAACGAAAUGCCUUUACCCGCUGAGUAAAUCCCCUGCGGCCGUAACAAACAAGAUGAAAAUGGAACGCGACACAAAAAAAUGGGGAAUUAAUGUUUCACAAUUUGUAAGCCUCUGUUGGGCGAGGUCAAGCCAACGGGUUUGGCGGCAGGAGUCCCUGGGAUGAGCAGGCGCUACGACAGCAGGAAAAUAGGAAGGUAGAACAAACACCUGAGUGGUGUUUGCAGUGCGGAUAGAGCUUUCGUUUAACGCACGGCUCAAUUUAAGUGCAGACUUACAUCAGCGUCUUUGCUGACUAGGCUACGUUCAAUAGGGAAUUCUUUGUGAGAUUUCAGGCUCUGUGGUUCGUUGGCACAAUCCAUCAACUGGACGAAGUAUUUUGCAUCAACCUGACCUCCGUGUGAUUUUCAUUGCCAUUAUAUUAAUUUCUGCGACUCUGUACAAAUAUUCAAGAAUCAUCAGUUUCCCACCUGAUUACAGUUCCCUCAAUAUUAAUGUGGCAAAUGCUGGAAAAGGUAUGCUUGUGACUCAAUUUUUUUUUAAACAAAUCACAGAAUACUUGAUAUAGCUGAAAAAAAGAUGGCCCAACCACCAACAAGCUCCCUGGAAAAUAGGGCUGAGAAAAAUUUAACAAGAGGUGAGAGAAGUCAUCCCAACAAAGAGCACCAUCGUAAUCGACAUCACUACAAUGAGCGCUCCUGUCCUCGCAGGGAUCAGGAUGGUGACAACAGACAUCACCGAGAAAGGGAUUACUCUAAACAAAAUAGGGAUCGAGAGAGAGAGAGGAGGAAGGAACGAUCAGAAGAGAAAAGUUCUCAUGCUAGAGGCGGCUACGGUAAUGAGCAUCGUACAAGAGAGAACCGAAACAGGAAAGAGAGGGACUACUACAAAAGGGAGAAUCAAGACCAUCAUCACAACCAAGAAAGAAAACAACAUAAUUUUCAAACUCACGAAAACUAUGAAAAACAUAGUAAUCAACAGCGUUACGGAAAUGAAAAAGAAGUUUCUUUGCCAUCUGAUGAGAAAGCUUCCUACAGACAUAACAAUUAUACUGAAACUCCACCACCAGAAUAUGUAAUAGCUGAAGAUAAAAGAUCGGAGAUGUAUUACUACAAGCCAGAAGAUUCAGGAGGCAUCCUAAAUUGUCACAGUUGUCGUUACCUUUGCACAAAUCGAGGUCUCUGUCAGUUGGUGGAGGUGCUUCUGAAUCUGUUAAUUCUGAUAUGUGGGGCAAUCUCCUACAGUGGCACUGGGGGCUACACAGAUCUCUCCAGCCUGGGAAGUCUCUACUACUACACAUUUGGAUCAGCAUAUAGUGGAUUCCAAGGAGCAGAGGCUGAAAAAGUAAACAAGUUGGAUGUUGCAUUUUACCAGCUAAAGCUGCCAACAGUCAUUGCCAUAAUGGCAUAUAGUGGGGCUUUGUUGUCUUUUGCGUGCCUUAUGCUAGUUUUAGGCCUGGCUCGGAUACCUUGGCGAUUUCCCUCCUUACUGAUUAUUGAAUGUGUUCUGGAUAUAGUAAUUGCGCUUGGCUACAUACCUGCUAUUUACUUUUAUUUUCAACACUUGAUUGACAGCUAUAAUUCAGAAGUGUGUAAAGAGAGGGAGGAAAUGUACAAGAGUAAAGGCUAUGAUGGGUUUAACUGUAGUCUGCAUGGUGCUGACAUUGUUGGUGGUCUAUGUGGCUGCCUUGCUAUCAUAAUAUAUGUGCUCAAUGCAGUCGCAGCAGUUCUGGCAUUUCGAAAAGUUAGGAGACUAAAAGGUAUGAAAGAAGAAGUCUAUAUCGAAACAACAAUUGUUUAAGUUUUAAUUCAUCUCUACAUAUGUACAGUGCUCUAACAGAAAUAAGGAAUCAUCUGUUUGCAAUAUUCAGUUUUAUUUAAUAGAUGAAAUUUAACAUUCAAUUUGGAUUUGAAUGUGACAAAUGAAUUUGUUACAAUUUAAAUUAGGGUAUGGGAAUGUCUUGUUGCAAAAGCAACUAGAAAUCAUCUUAAAAGAACAAUGCAGUGUGGACUUUUUGGUGUUUCUUAACGUUUGUAUUUUUGUAGGCUUUUUAAUAGGGUCAAAUAGCAUCUGAAUUUAAUAACACAUUACUCAGAAAAGAGCAAACUCUAUAAAUGUUAUAGAAUUCUUAAGGCCGCAGCAUUCAAAUAUAGUUGUAAAAUAUUAUAACAGAUGCUUUAAGAGAAGAAUAUCUUCAGAGAGAGAUCACAAAAGUCACUUAGCUCCUCAUUUCUAAUUUUGAUCUAUCUCACACUUGUGGCCAAUACGCAUUGAACACAUAAAUUAGUAUGGUUGGAUGUAGUCAGGAGUUCAAUAGCAAUGGUGCUUGUCUGUAGGCCUGUUGUUCGUUUUUACUUUUUAUACCUGAUUAUGACUUGGUUAACUUAUAUUUUACAUUUCUCGCUUGAGACAAUUGACAGGCAUUUUCCUCUCAGAAAACAGAUUUGGAUAAGUGACAGUCUGAAGAAGUAUGUUGAUUAUUGCAGAAUGAUGUGUCCUACAUUGAAUUGCAUGUCAAGUGAACAUGCUUAAACACAAUCUUGCAGGCUAAAGUUUUAAGAAAUCACAAGUGAACAAAAUCCAAUAGUUUCCUAUUAAUGGUUAGUCAAAUUUGAGCAGUUUUUCAGCUAAGAGUAAUCCUGUUUACCUGUGCCAUAUACUCAGUUAACUGAACAAAAAACUAAGCAUUCCUUUUUCUUUGUAAAAGGAACAAAAUGUUUAAGUGGCUUAGUACAUUAUCCUGUUCAAGCCUGGAGUUUGGGCGUAAUGAUGGGAUGAAAGACUCCUGUUGAACGUAAGAAAACAAUGAAACAGCAAUUUAAAUGACGUCACUCUAUUGGCAUGAGCCGCAACACAAAAGUGAUUGUGGUUGUGCGUUAAAUCAUGAGGCCAAUAAGCUGUUUGAUAACAAUGGAAAUAUCAUUUAGUGCAGUUUAGAUUUAAAGAUAUUGUUGGGGCGUGAACAAAUAGAAGCCACGAAAGGGUUAGUGGUGCUUUGAUAGUCUGGGCUAGAAGAUCUCUGGACUAGGAGAACCGGGUUCAGGUCCCAUUUUGAGAUACGGAAUGUUAUAACAUGUUCAAACAAGUUGAUUUUUAAAAACGACUAUCUCCAAGUAGUUAAUGGUAGACACUACAAAAAUUAGUAGUGUUCCAUUGCCCUCUUAAUGCACUAGAUUAACAAAAAUUCAAAAUGUUCGAUAAAAAUUUUAAGCAUGAUUAAAAUUCUGAACAAAUCUAAAAUGAAGUGAAAAAUAUAUUUUGUAAUUAUACUCACUACUCACCUUUUAUAACUACUGAAGAAUUGCAUUAUGAAUUUUGGUAUGCUUAAUUUUUAUAUUUUUGAAGCUUUUAUACAUCAUAUAUGUUAAACCAUGUAUUUCUGAACAGUCUUUAUUUUGAUCUGGUUGACUAAUUCAAGACAUUGCUUUUAAUAUUAAUAAACUAUACAUAAUGUAAUAUUUGCUUUAGUGCAUGUUAUUAAAGAUGUUAGCAGAAUGGAACUGAAGUACAUGGAACUAAUAGUGAUAUUGAGAACUAGCACAAUUGUUGCGGCUUCAAAAUGAAUGCUAAUAAAAUGUUCUGAAUUUAAAA